AUGCCUGGACUGACACCAGAAGAGGUUUUAAGAAUUUUGUAUGCGUUACCAGAAGAUGUAGAAGAUUCAGAUAUCGAUGUUGACUCUGAUGAUGAUUCUGAAUCACCAAAUUCUUCUCAGAUUUUGGACGAAAAUAGUGAUAACGAUAUUGUUUCAAAUGAAGACAACUGUUUCAAUCUGACAAUAGACACUAGUGAAAUUUGGAACAUGUCUCCUUGUCAAGUAAGUGUAUCCGAUUCAACCCCAGAAACAGCUGCUGCAACAUUUUCUUCUAGUGAAAAAAUGUGGAAUGAGAAUAUUUCCUAUUUUGAAAAUCGUCCACUGAAAUUAGAAGAAAGCGCAGAAAAUAUUGGAAAUUUCUCAAAGUCUGAUCAAGAAAUAAAAUAUUUCGAGUCUAUAUUUACAGAGGAGCUGUUGCUUCAUAUUUGCAAUCAGACAAACUUAUAUGCAAGGCAGGAGUGGUGUGUUGUGAGGUCAGGGAAUAAAACAACCAAAGUAUCUUCCAACUGGCAGGACAUUACUGUUCCUGAGCUAAAAGCUUUUUUGGGAAUGCUUAUUUUGAUGGGUGUUCAUCAGCUUCCACAACUCGGAAAUUAUUGGAUCAGUGAUCCUAUUCUUGGAGUAACUGCUAUCUCAUCGGUCAUGAAAAAGCUUCGAUACAAAAAAAUUGUUGAGAACCUGCAUUGCAAUGACAACAGCACGUGUGUCAAAAAAGGGAAGCCAGGUUAUGACAAGUUACACAAAAUUCGACCUGUCAUCAGAGCAAUAUCAAAUAAGCUAUGUAAAGUCUACAAAUCAUCUUCUGUUUUAGCAGUUGGCGAAUGUAUGGUGGCCUUCAAAGGACGGUCAACACUCAAACAAUAUAUGCCAAUGAAACCAGUGAAGCGUGGAUAUAAAGUGUGGUACUUAGCUGAUGCUAGUACAGAGUUCAUCAUAAAUUUCGACAUCUACACUGGAAAAAGAGAUACAAAUGAUACAUCCGAAUUUACUUUGGGUGAAGAAGUUGUGCUUACUCUAACAAAGGCAAUGGAUGGCAGCAAAAGGCUGGUAGCUUUUGACAAUUAUUUUACAACAGUACGAAUAAUGGAAGAGUUACAGUCUCAUGGACUUUAUGGCAUCGGAACUGUUCGUCCAAACAGGAAGGAUUUGCCUGAUAUGCUGAUAAAAAAUUCCAAGCUUAGCAGGGGAGAAUUCAAAUUUGCUGCCCGGUCAUGUGUUGCAGCAGUGAAGUGGCAGGAUAGUAAACCUGUUUGUAUAUUAUCAAAUUAUCACAAUCCCAAACACGUUACAACUGUUUUGAGAAAAAACAAAGAUGGAAGCAGAAGUGAAGUAUUCUGCCCAUUGGCUGUGGCAGAGUAUAAUAAAAUAAUGGGAGGAGUGGAUAGAUUUGAUCAGCUGCGUGAACGGUAUGCUGUAGGCCGUCGUUCAUGGAAGUGGUGGCGCAGACUGUUUUUCUUUCUUGUAGAUUUGGCAGUUGUCAAUUCCUACGUUAUGUGGAAGCUACAGAAGACAGAAGCAGACCAGCUAACAUUUAGAUUGCACUUGGCAAGGCAGCUUAUCUCUGGCUUCUCAAGUCGUAAGAGAAGAGGAAGGCCCGUUCAUUUUCAAACAUCAAAAAGAAGUGUGUCUGGAGUACCAGAUGAAGUUCCUCUGGAGAAAGUUGGAAUUAAACUUCCCUACAAAAGGUACAACAAACAGAAGAUGCCGCCAAUGUAG